UAGAUUCCUUUUCUUUAACCUUUUUAUUGUUGUUGUUGUGUGCGCAACUCAAGAGCUGUGUUGUGUGCACCUCUCUCUCUUUCAAUCUCACUUUGAACAAAAGGAGAGUGAGGAGUGUGAGUGUGUGUUUCCACACGGCGGGAAACAGAAUUAUUUGGCCAAUAACCCUCUCCCUCCAAAUCAAACACACACAACACACCACUUUCUAAUUCUCUCUCUUUUCUCAUUCUAUCGCCAAAACCCUAGCCAGAGCUCUUUCUCUCCAAUUUCCUACCCUUGCACAUGGCACCGGCGUUCCAGGAAGCUGGAGGCGGCGACGAAGACGCCACCGUCGACGUGCACACCACGCGUGGCACGCCCAUCCGCUACCUUCCCCUCGACCAUCUCUACUCCGCCACGUCGCCCUGCCGCGUCACGGCAAGCGGCUCCUCCAACGUCAUGUCCAAGAAGGUCAAGGCUCGAAAACUCACCACUCUCGCGGCGCAUCAUCAUUUCGGCAACCACGACCACAAGAAGACGACGUCGUCCUCAUCGUCCUCCUCCCAGCCUCCUUCUUCCAAGCCUCCCCUGCUCUUCGUCUACUCGCGCCGCCGCAAGAGGCAUUCCCCUUCCACGGCGCCGUUUUACGAUUCGCUGUGCAAAACCGAGGGCAAGGUCAAUGCGGAUGAGAAUGAGGAUGAGAAAAGGCUGCUGAAGAAGAGGAAAAUUGGGAGCACUGAGUUGGAGAGGCUGGGCGUGGAUUUGAACACUGCGAUUGGAGAUGCUGACGGACCUCGAUUGAGGGAAUGCCGAAACCAAUUUGGGAAUUCUGGUGCUGCUGGGAAUGUUAAGUGUGGUUCCUUGGAGAAUUUGCCGAAAAUGUCGCCUGAUUCUCGCCCUGUGAAGAAAUGGGUCGGGUUGAGUUUUGAUGAUGCUGAUCCUGAGGUGUUUGUUGGAUUAAGAUGCAAGGUUUAUUGGCCCAUGGAUUUGAAAGCGUACACUGGCUAUGUCAGAGGUUAUGAUAAGGAAACUAAGAUACAUCAUGUCAAGUAUGAUGAUGGAGAUGAGGAAAAUUUAAUUCUUUCAAAUGAAAAUAUUAGAUUCCAUGUUUCACGUGAUGAGGUGAAACAUUUAAAUUUGAAUCUUGCCAAAGUUCGUGACAACAAUGUCUCUGAUUAUGAUGUUGAAGAGAUGCUUGCAAUGGCUGCAAGUUUGGAUGAUUGUCAAGACUUUGAGCCUGGGGAUAUCAUAUGGGCUAAGCUAACAGGCCAUGCAAUGUGGCCGGCUGUUGUUUUGGACGAAUCACUUGCUAGCAACUGUAAGGGUUUAAAGAUGAGUUUGGGAGGAAGAUCAGUUCCUGUCCAAUUUUUUGGCACCCAUGACUUUGCAAGGGUUAGAUUGCAACAGGUGAAAUCAUUUCUCAGUGGACUUCUUACCGAUCUACACUCAAAAUGCAAGAAACAUAGUUUCAUUGAAGGCUUAGAAGAGGCAAAAAGAUAUUUAAAUGAACAGAAGCUUCCUUUGGAGAUGCUAGAGUUGCAGAAAAGAUGUGCAGCUGAUAAUUGUAACAAUGUAAGUAGAGAGGAAGGAGGAUGUACAGAUUCAGGCGAUGAUUGUUUAAAUGGCGAGAGGACUUUAAUGGCUCUGGAAAAUGUUGAAACUUUUCCUUACGAAUUAGGAGACCUCCAAAUUCUAAGCCUUGGAAAAAUAGUUGAAGAUUCUGCAUUCAGAGAUGGAAGGUUUAUCUGGCCUGAAGGGUACACAGCAGUGAAGAAGUUUACUUCAGUUGCUGACCCAGAAGUUUUUGCUCCUUACAAGAUGGAGGUGUUGAGAGAUCCAGAGUCCAAAGUUCGUCCUCUAUUUAGAGUGACAGUUGAUGGUGGCGAGCAGUUCAGCGGUAAUACUCCAUCUGCUUGUUGGAGCGAGAUAUUCAAAAAGAUAAAAAAAAUGGAAAAGAAUGCUUCUGAAGGUAGUCUUGCUAAAGGUGGGGUAGAAAAGGGCUACUUAUCUGGGUCUGAUAUGUUUGGUUUCUCCAAUCCUAAGGUGCUUAAACUUAUACAGGGAUUGUCUAAAUCCAAAAUCUCUUCAAGGAAAUCUUGCAAGUUAGGUUCCCAAAGACAUAAUAACUUGCCUCUUGGUUAUAGACAAGUUCAUAUUAACUGGUUUGACCUCGAUAAGUGCAACGUGUGCCACAUGGAUGAGGAGUAUGAGAACAAUCUAUUUCUGCAGUGUGACAAAUGCAGAAUGAUGGUCCAUGCUAGAUGUUAUGGAGAACUAGAACCUGUUAACGGGGUGCUAUGGUUAUGCAACUUAUGUCGUUCCGGAGCUCCACCUCCACCUUGCUGCUUGUGUCCACUCAUAGGUGGUGCAAUGAAGCCUACUACAGAUGGCCGGUGGGCUCAUUUGGCUUGUGCCAUGUGGAUACCUGAAACUUGUUUAGCUGAUGUCAAGAGAAUGGAGCCUAUUGAUGGUUUGAGUAGAAUUAGUAAGGACCGCUGGAAGUUGCUAUGCAGCAUAUGUGGUGUAUCUUAUGGUGCCUGCAUCCAAUGUUCAAAUAGUUCUUGUCGAGUAGCAUAUCAUCCACUCUGUGCACGUGCUGCUGGUCUCUGUGUUGAGCUUGAAAAUGAGGAUAGGCUCUAUCUACUCUCUGUUGAUGAUGAUGAAGAUCAGUGCAUACGCUUACUUUCUUUCUGCAAGAGACAUAGGCAGCCGUCCAAUGAACAUUCUGUUGCUGAUGAUCGUAUAGUUCGAGUAGCUGGUCUAUGUUCAGACUAUGAACCACCGCCCAAUCCAUCUGGUUGUGCUAGAAGUGAGCCAUAUGAUUACUUUGGCAGGAGAGGUCGAAAAGAACCUGAAGCACUUGCGGCUGCAUCGUUGAAACGGUUGUUCGUGGAGAAUCAGCCUUACUUAGUAGGUGGAUACUGCCAGCAUGGAUCAUUAAAUGACCCAGAGCCUUCUGGCAGAGGAGUCUGCUCUAAAUUUUUUUGUAGCCAACAAAGGCUAAGAACAUCUCUGAUUGACGCAUCAAACAACAUACUUUCUAUCUCUGAAAAAUAUGAGUACAUGAGGGAAACCUUUCGGAAGAGGCUCGCAUUUGGGAAAUCAAGAAUUCAUGGAUUUGGCAUCUUUGCAAAGCAUCCACAUAAAGGUGGAGACAUGGUGAUUGAAUACACUGGUGAACUUGUUAGACCACCAAUAGCAGACCGAAGAGAACACUUUAUAUACAAUUCAUUGGUGGGUGCUGGAACAUAUAUGUUUCGGAUCGACGAUGAACGAGUCAUUGAUGCUACUAGAGCAGGAAGCAUUGCUCAUUUAAUAAACCACUCUUGUGCACCAAAUUGCUAUUCAAGAGUAAUCAGUGUUAAUGGCGAUGAGCAUAUUAUAAUAUUUGCAAAGAGGGACAUUAAACAGUGGGAAGAGCUUACAUAUGAUUAUAGAUUUUUCUCAAUUGAUGAACGGCUUGCUUGUUACUGUGGCUUCCCAAAGUGCCGAGGUAUAGUGAACGAUACGGAAGCAGAAGAGCGAGUUGCUACCCUUUAUGCACCUCGAAGGGAAUUAAUAGAUUGGAGAGGAGAAUGAGAUUUUUAACUCUAAUGUUAUGCAUUUGAGGUCCUUCUGAAGAUGAAUUGUUUGUCCAACGUCCGUGGAUUCUACCAUUUCCUUGAAAGGACAGUGUUGUACAUAGCACAUCUGAUUCUUCUUAUUGUUUCAUCAUAACCCCGGCUGAGUUCACUGAGCGGUUUAUGUUGGCUCAAAGAGGUUUUCAUUGGAGUUCUGGUUAUAAUGAUUGGAAAGAUGUACCAGAGUUUUUACAAAUGUUGCAUUUGAAAUUCAUUGCCACAAUUACGGCUGUUUAACUUCAACCAACUUGCUGAGAUAUUGUAACUUGUCAUUGGAUAGGUACAGUUGUAAUUACAACAAACCUUCAUAAAAAUGAAAAGAAAUUGAGAUUUCAAAUGGAA